AUGGCAACGGCUCAACUGAAUUCAUCUUCUCGUCGAAAACUGGCGUUGAUUAUUGGUAAUGACAACUACGAUGAUACCAUUCUGGAUGCAAAAGAUUUUCUAUCGAAACAACCGUUGUUAUCUGAAGAAAAAGUCUAUUAUGAAGAAUGUAAAGAAUAUUAUCAUCUAACAGGGCAACCAUUAAUAUCAGUUGCCGAAGAAGUUUUUGACAAUAAUACUGAAUUAACGACACCAUCACUAAAACUCUGUAUUGAUGAAGAUUGUAAUCAAUUCGAUUUACAAAGCUUUUUUACUAAUUUUUGUGGUAAAAUAAAUUUAACGAUGAAAGAUAUACUGCUCAAAAAAAUACAAGUAGGUUCAUGCAUAUUAGAAGCUGAACUAUUCAAUAAGUUUGAAUCAAAUGAUAAAAAAUUAUCUUUAAAAAUGAUAUGUAAAUCAAUUACGGAUCGAUUACUAGAAGACUUUGGUAAAAUGAAGAUUUUCUUCAUGUUUAUGGGUCCAAUCAAAUCGUUAUUUAAACAGCAAAAAUAUCGUGCUGAACUUAAACUUAAUCCUCAAUAUAAUCGUAUAUAUGCACAUGGUCAUUCUUAUUGGUCAGAUGCUCUUAAUGAUGGCAUCGAUCGUGGAAAUAAACCUUACUAUUGUCCUGUAGGAUGGAAACGAUGUUCUUUUUAUGUUACUGAUCGAUUUUAUGAGAAAUUUAAAGGAUGGUGCAUAUGUUAUCAUGGUACAAAGUUUGCACAUGGUUUAUCGAUUUUAUUGAAUGGAUUAAAACCAGCAGAAAAAGCUCAACAUGGUACAGGAAUAUAUGUUUCUCCAUCCAUUAAUUAUGUAUGUCAUCCAAGAUAUGCUGAAGUUAAACUACUUAAUACAUCACAUCGAAGUAAAUUUUUCAAAUCGGGAAAAUACGUACAAUUUGUAUUAGAAUGUCGUGUUCAUCCCAGUAAUAUUAAGAGAAUAAAAGAGGAAACAUUAGAUGCUGGUAGUACAGUUAUUGAUUCCAAUAUUGGCAAUGAAAUUAUCGAAUGGGUUAUUAAUCAUCAUAAGAAAAGUAUUGUAGAUUUUAAUGAUCCAGACUCUUCUAUUGUUUGCACUGGAAUAAUGAUGCGUGUUACAGAUGAUCAUCCUGGUUUAUUACCUGAGUCUCAAUGGUGGUAUAAAUCACAUCUGUGCAAUUAUGAAAAAUGUUGUGUGUUAGGUAUUGAUCUUGAUGUUCUCCAAAGAAGACGUACUAGUGGAUAUAAGUGUAACAUCAUCUAUGACUAA